CCCAGCUGGCUCCUGACGCAGCGGAGGCUCCGCCCCGGGCGUGACGCCAGCGUCAGGCCAGUCCCGGCAGCCUCCGCGGUCGACCGCGGUGGAUCGCAGAGGAAUUUUCCCCGUGAGCGGCCCGGGCUCAGUUCAGCAGCUGUCCAGACCCCGGUGGGCGAUAGUGUCGCCUCCAGCCUUUCUCCUACCGCCCUCCCGUCCGUUCGAGCGCCCCCAGCCCUCCCGCGAGGGCGCCCCGGGACGGAAGGAACCACCAGCCUGUCGGCGCCCGCCGUUCUCGUGGUCGCCGUCGCCGUCGUCGUUGUGGUAGUCUCCGCCGUCGCCUGGGCCAUGGCCAAUUACAUCCACGUCCCACCCGGCUCUCCGGAGGUGCCCAAGCUGAACGUCACGGUUCAAGAUCAGGAAGAACAGCGCUGCCGGGAAGGGGCCCUGAGCCUCCUGCAACACCUGCGGCCGCACUGGGACCCUCAGGAGGUGACCCUGCAGCUCUUCACAGAUGGAAUCACAAAUAAACUUAUUGGCUGUUACGUGGGUAAUACCAUGGAAGACGUAGUCCUGGUGAGAAUUUAUGGCAAUAAAACUGAGUUGUUAGUUGAUCGAGAUGAAGAAGUGAAGAGUUUUCGAGUGUUGCAGGCUCAUGGCUGUGCACCACAACUCUAUUGUACCUUCAACAAUGGACUAUGCUAUGAAUUUAUACAGGGAGAAGCGUUGGAUCCAAAGCAUGUCUGCAAUCCAGCCAUUUUCAGGCUGAUAGCACGCCAGCUUGCUAAAGUCCAUGCUAUCCAUGCACAUAAUGGCUGGAUCCCAAAAUCUAAUUUGUGGCUCAAGAUGGGAAAAUAUUUCUCUCUCAUUCCCACAGGAUUUGCAGAUGAAGACAUUAAUAAAAGGUUCCUAAGUGAUAUCCCAAGCUCUCAGAUUCUUAAGGAAGAGAUGACUUGGAUGAAGGAAAUUCUUUCCAACCUGGGCUCUCCUGUUGUGCUUUGCCAUAAUGACCUAUUGUGUAAGAAUAUAAUCUACAAUGAGAAACAAGGUGAUGUACAGUUCAUUGAUUAUGAAUAUUCUGGAUACAACUACCUGGCAUAUGAUAUUGGAAAUCAUUUCAAUGAAUUCGCAGGUGUAAGUGACGUAGACUAUAGUCUCUAUCCAGAUAGAGAGCUACAGGGCCAGUGGCUGCGUUCUUACCUUGAAGCCUACAAGGAAUAUAAAGGGUUUGGGACUGAAGUUACUGAAAAGGAGGUAGAAAUACUCUUCAUUCAAGUCAAUCAGUUUGCAUUGGCUUCUCAUUUCUUUUGGGGAUUGUGGGCUCUGAUUCAAGCCAAAUAUUCUACUAUUGAGUUUGAUUUUCUUGGGUAUGCAAUUGUUCGUUUUAACCAGUACUUUAAAAUGAAGCCUGAGGUUACUGCAUUGAAAGUGCCUGAGUAAAGAAGAGAUUUAAUUAUUCUCAAGUAGCUGAGCAAUGCUUGUGAAUUGUUUUCUUAAGAAAUUCCAAAAAGCCAAUAUUUGUUAAAAUUCUGUUACUUAAUUUGGUUAUCUUGCUUUACAAAUUAUGCCUCAAAACAACCAAUCUAUUUUUUAAAUAGACUUGAGUGAUGUCACAAUGUAUACCUACUGCUAUCAGUAUGUGGUGGAUUAGAUAUUUGUUAAAUCUGCAAAAGGUAUAAAGAUGUCAGUUUAAGCCUUUCUGUGAUAAUUUACUCUGUUACAUGUGAAUUAUUUAUUAUGAAUUUAACAUGAUCUGUGACUUCUUUCAUCUGAUUCAUUUGUUUGUUGAGUGUAUGCAAUGAAAAUGUUCCAGAGAAAUUUAAGUUUUAUCUUAUAAUUUUACAAAAAUUUUCUGGUUGUUCAUUGUAACUUUUUUUUAUCUUGAUUCUAAGUAAAAUGAAUUAUUUACCCUUGAAAUACCAGUCACUGAUUGGUAUAGAUAAUUUAGGGUUUUCAUAUAAAAAUAUCUGCUUAGAAGGGAAAAAUACAUUUAUGUCUCUGUUGGUGGUACAUCUUCUUGAAUUAAAUAUUGGAAAACAUUUCCUUUUGGGGAACUACAACUUAGAACUAAAUUCUUGUCUCUUUAUAUUUGCCACAUAACCCUGGAAUAAGAAUAAUGAUUUAAUGUUACCAAAAUCUGUAGUUAGUACUGUUUUCAAGUGCUAAAUGUGGACAUUGGAGUUACCAGUUCAGUUUUUAAAAUUUCAUGGUAUCAAAUUGUUUCUAAUCCAAAUUUUGUUUUACUUAAUUGAGAUACUGUAUGUUUUAGUUUAUUACAUAAUAGCUUGUAUUGUUAAUUUUCAAACAGACACACAAAAUUGUCAUUCUUAUAAAGAAUAUCAUUUAGAUUGAUUCUUUUUUUAAAAAAAUCUAUUCAGAUUCAUUCCUUUUUUGGUUUCAUGGUUUACUUUGGUUCUGUCUUUAGAGUGAUAGCAAAUAAUUACUUGAUACAUUUAAUUUCAGAGUAAUAUGUUGAGGCAGUGAAUGAGUUAAAUAAGGAACAUUGAGGACAUUGAUCUUGUAUACUUAAAAUCUGACAAGCAACAAAAUGUGAAUUUAGCAGAAAUACUUAUGGUAGGAGGGCUUCUGUUGUUUUUAUGUAUCUUGUUUUUGUUUAAGUAUAUAUUUUGUUUAGGGGUGAGAGAGGCAGUUAUAUUAUGGAAGAAAGUUAGAUCUUUGGGAUAGUUAGGAAGGCUUCAAGUUUUAAAGACUGCUCUGUGGAGUUGAGCAGUCAUGGUUAACUAUACUUAGAAAAUUAGUCUGACAGGCUUUGCACUUUCGUCACGUAAGUGCUCAUGUACAAAGUUGGCUUACUGGAUCUGCAUAUUCAAAGAUUUGUAAGAUAUGCAACUACAAAUUUAUCCUCUGAGAAAUCUUCUGGGGAGUCUGAUGUAUUAUUCCAAAUGACUUAUAUUCUCAGACAAGUGCUUUAAAAUUACUUGGAUUAUCUCAAGAUAAUAAAGUAAAUAGAAACACUUACAGACCAUUUAAAAUGGUACAUUCUAGUUACAUAAAUAGACUCUUAAAAUGUUUGUAUCUGUAACAGUGUUAGACCAAAAUUUGGUUUCUACCUCCCCAAUGUUAUAAAUGUUCACUUUUGUUUUUAUAAACCAUAUUACUGUAAGAUCAAUAAAAUUUUGCCUAGUUGAUUAAAUAAAUGGAACCAAUUAAAUAAUGAGUAGCUUUUUAUAAUGUUAAAGUAAAUUCAAAAAAACUUGUUUUUGGUGGAAUUUUCAUCUGUGGUUUGAACAUUAGCAUAGAAUGAUGAAGAAUAUGUAAUGUUACUCUUGAUUUUUUGCUCUCUGACUUUUAAAGUCCAAGAGUAUAUAUCUUAUACUACUAUGGGAGGAAAGAAGAUCAUUUUUCUACCUUACUUCAUAAUCUUACUUCAAACUAUUUUGAAUAGAGAUUCACUGAGCCUUUGUUGUUAGUCUGCGCAUAGCUGCUAGCUGUGAUACUAAGUGAUUCAGAGAGAUUCAUAUAGAAUUGAAUGUAGCCGGGAAUAAAGGCUGUCGCUUUAGUCCUGGAAGAAGUAUUCAGUGGAUCUUGGGAACAAGUUAAGAUACUUAAACUGUUGCCCUCAUUCUGGCUAGAUUGAGGGUAUUGUGAUGCUCCUGCUUCCUGUACAGGUUUUGCGGAUCAUGGUGCAGAUUAACAAUAGGGUUCAAAAUAGCUUCUCUUUAUAUUGGCCAUUUAAGGGAUUCUAAAGAAGAGUAAAUCUCAACAGCACUCUAAAAUCAUCCCUCUUAAAUUAAAAUUUGUCUUGUGGCUUGCUGAGAUAUCAGUUGCCUUUUUAUGUUAAGCUAAGGAAUUUGAAUGCCUUACCUAAUCACUCAAUUGGUAGUAAGCUCAUUUUGUAUAUAUGAAAAUGGUUGUUAGAAGUGGCUUUCAUAUAUGUUCAAUGUUAGUCAAUAGACCAUAGUGGCCUCAAUGCUUUUAACAAGCAAAAUUCCACCCCCUUCUUUUAUCCCCCCUUAUAUACUUGUAACCAAUGAUAUUUGAUUUUUUUUUUCCUCUCCUGACCCCAUGCUACCAACAUUUUCUGGAAAUCAAAGAGAUGUGGUAGCAAAUCAUACUGUUGACAUGAUCAUAUGAGAUCAAUAUGAGCACAAAACUCAUCAACUAGGUCUGCCUGGAAUGUGUAUAAAGCAGUGUAAAUAAAAAUUUGUAAAUAAGUGUGAAUUGUAUCUUGCAUAUGAGAUUGUGUAUUGUUUUGCAUUCUCUUCCCUUUUGUAGACUUUUUUUUUUUUUUUCUGUCAGGAAAUGAAUCUAGUUCAUUGCUUUUAGACUGAAAAUAGCCAACAGUUAUGGCUGUACAGUGAGGUGACAGGAACUGGAAAUAGGGUUUUAUCAGCUUUGGUUAAUGUCAGUAAUUAUUUAUUUAGCCUCUCAGUGCCUAAUAAGACUUUUCUCAUUUUUCAGUUUGCCAUCAAUUUUUGUAAGGUUAGCUUCCUGGAAGCAGUGAAUUUAUGUACUGUUAUAGUAUUAGAGUUUCAUUCUUUGAGUCACAAUUCUAAACUAAAGGAAACUGAAAAUAUAGUUUAAUGCUUAUAUACUGAUGUAUUAUUAUCUUUUCCUGUUUGUGGAAAUAUGUUUGUUAAUAUUUUCUACAAAAAAAAACCCCUUUGAAGUUUAGUGUGAAUCUUAAUCCCAUAAAGAGAUGGCAAAUAACUUCUCUUAGUUCAACUUAAAAAUUUCUCAGGUGACUUCUCUAAAGUUGUUCAUUGUAGGAUUGUAAAAGACAGAAAAGACAUAGGUGAUCUUUUAAUGACAAGUAUAUCCAUUUUUUUACUAAAAAUAUUUACUUUAACUUCAUAAGUAUUUUAACUAAAACUUCCAGACUUAAAAAAGUCCCCCCAAACACUCUCAAUUAAAAGUUAAAAACCUCCACUUUUAAAAUUAUCCAGAUAUUUCUUUUUUACAUUAUACAGAAGACUUCAGUACCAGUUUUAGUUCAUUACUUCAUAAUAUAAAUAAAAAUACUGUCAAUUUGGUUUUUUUGCUUUAUUUUGAAGCAUUUUAUACUGCAUUCCAAAGUAGUAAAGACUUCAACAUUUAAUAUUAAUCACUUAUUCAGUUGAUAGACAAAGUAAACAGUGCUUUAUGCUAGGAGAGUUUUGUUAUUGGCAUCAACUUGUACUACUGUACACAGAAGGUAAAUACUAGUAAUUAUUAUGCACAGAGGAAAAAGAAUUAAAGUAAUGUGGUAAAGUAGCUUUGUUUUUUCUUUGGUCCAUUAGAUUUCAGAAUGUCCUUUUACUGGGAAAUUUAGUUACAUAUUAAGGCACUCUGUUUUAUUUUCAUUUCUUAAAAAUAAAACCUAGCUAAAUGUUAUAUUCAACUACCUUUUUUUUCUAUUACAUACCACAUGUGUGAUUACAGUGUUAAUUUUUGGGUUUGAUGUCUUAAACAGAAAAGUGUAUCAAUUAUUUUAAAUGAAUAUUUCCCCAAUUUUGUACUCGGUCUAUAAAAAAAUGUUACUGUAAAAGAAAACACAUGGUUCACAUUGCUUUGAUAUGUGAAAUCUGAAAUUUAAUAAGAUGUAUUACCUAAUGAAUUUUUUUUAACAAUUUUUAGACUGAAAAUUUUUUAUUUCCAGAAUUUGAUAUGGGAAGAAAAUCUGAACUAUUUGGAUGGGGGAAAAAAUGAUGGUGCUUAUAAGCACUAUAAAAUUCUUUUGUGUUUCAGGCAUCAUCCAAAACUUUUUUUAGUAGACUUCUCUCCUGAAAUUUUCUUUUUCUUUCCUGCAUGCACUUACUGUACUACUGACAUUAUAAAUCAGCAGGGUUAAGAUAUUAGUAUAUCUGUAUUCAUUAUGAAUCUAUAACUUUUCUAGUUAUGAAAACAGUGCUCUCUAAAAUAUUCUUAAUCUCAUUUUUUUGGUUAAUAUCUUACCCACUAAUGGUAUUUUAGAUACCAUUAAUCCUUUUAAUGAAACACAGGAUGUUUAUAAAAUUUGGAAGCAUUACAUAUUAUAUUUCAUCUAGUUAGUGAAGAGAAAAGGAAAAAAAAACCCUAGGUGAUUGGAAUGGUAGGCUUUUGAAAGUUAAGUUUAAAAACUCUUAAUAAGAAACUAUCAGAGAUAGAUUGAAAUCCAGUGGUAUCCAUGUAAACUAGCUCCUAUGACUUGGAAAAGGCCCCCCAAAAAGCAGUGGAGGAGAUGAGAGUGUUUACUUACCGUGGUUUUAGUUGUGGUAUGCUCCUACUUAAAUACAGGUAGUGACAUACAGAAUUUUAUUGUCCAAUAAUCUGAAGUAGUUUUCUGUAUUUAACUGUACUGAAAUAACUAUAAGUUUAUGGAAUUUACAAAGAAGAAACUUUUGACUCUACUGUGUUUAGGAGGCUUUGUACAGUUAGGUCAAGUUUCCAUGAUAGAAAGUAUUUGAAUUUUAAAACAUACUGUUAUUCUAAGGAAGAAGAUGUGGCUAUCCCAUGUGCAAGGAAAAAAAAAAUGGAAUGAGUAAUUGUCAUUGCAUUAGCUGUUUGUUGAAUUGGGAAAUUGUGGCAUAAAGCUUAAAUUUGUGUUUAUCAAAUGUGAACUAUAGUAGUAUAAUGCUGCUUUGUAUAUACUGUAAGUGCUACAAAUAGUCUCAGCACUGAAAAUGUAUUGAUACCUCUCAAAUGAAUGCAACUUUUGAUGUAGGUGUUUUGAUAUGCCUCAGAAAGUAUCUGAGUGUCUGAGAAUUUGUUAGUCUGUUUGCUAAUGGAGAUACUUCCUGUUUUUUUUGUUGCAUAAUUCAUGUUUAAAAUUUAAUUUUUACAUUUUUACUACUGUUAAUUUAAGUAAAAUUCUUCUGUGGAAAAAAUGGCAUUGCCAGUGAAGAAAAUUAAAACGGCCUCAUUCAUGUAACUGCUUAAGUAAAAAUACAUUUUUACUAUAUGUUCAAGAACUUUUCAUGGAAGCAGUUUGUUUUUCUGUUUAAAUAUAAGUGAUGUUUAGCCUUUAUUUCCAUAUUAAUAAGGCUUUUUACCAUUGAUUAAAUGAAGGAAUGUAUCUUUUUGAAGAGAUUUAUAUUCUGUAAAUAAAAAUUGGUUGUAACAAUAAAGUUGGGUUCUAACUACA